CUAUUCCAACUAUCAAGACUUCAAUACAUUUAACUGUGGUCAUUUAUGUCUUGAAUUCUUGCAAUGCAUGAAUCUAUUACAUUAAAUCUAACUGGAAAUUCAACUGUAUUGUCGGUAAAUUAUUUUCCAUCUCUAAACGUUUACGAGGAUUCAGAAAUAGCUUUGUUAUCUUUGCAAACGUGCAAUUCAUUUCCAAAUAUUAUAAAUCCAACUAAUAACCGGCUGAGAAUAAAAUCAAUUCCUCCAGAUAGAAUAGCAAAAAUUCAAUUUUUUGUACCAGCCGAAUGCCGUGACAUAGAAGAUAUUAACAAAUAUAUGGUAGAAGAGUUAUCUCAAGUUAAUAAAGUCUACGGAACAAAGCUGACAUUCAGUGUACGUAUUGAUCCUGUCGAUUUUAGAACGUAUAUAAAAUGUAAUGGAAUACUAAACUUUGAGCAUCCGUAUAGUAUAGCACCUGUUUUUGGGUAUAGAAAGAAAGUUUGUGGACCGUUUCAUGAAGAACAUCGAUCGGAUAAAGCUGCAAAUUUAAACACAAUUAAUUCUAUAAAAGUAAUGUGUAAUAUAGCACAUGGGUCAUUCAACAACCAACUUCAAAACCAUUCGAUAUAUGAGUUUUUCCCAAGUGGGAGAAGAGGAACAAAGGUUGUUCAAUCUCCGGUAAACCUUAUAUAUUACAGAUUAAACAAAACAGAUAUUAAUUCAAUUACUGUUCAGUUAGUUGACCAAAACAAUAAUCCAAUUGACAAUUUUAACGAAACGUUAACAGUUGUUCUGCAUAUUAAACGUCACGGAUCUCAUCAUUAAAUUUAUAUCUUAGAUUUUGUAAUGUAUGAGUCAGUUACUUUAAGUUUAACUGGGAAUGCUACCAUAUUAUCUGUAAAUUAUUUUCCACCUAUAAACCUUUACGAGGACUCAGAAAUAGCUUUGUUAUGUUUACAGUCAUUUAAUUCGUUUCCAAAUAUUAAUGAUAAUAAUAAUAAAUUUUCUAUACAAGUAGCUGAGAAUGAAAACAAUAAUGAUCCUAUGAUAUGUUUUAUUACAUUGGAAGAGGGUUGUUAUGAAAUUGAAGAUAUUAAGCAACGAGUUAAGAAGCAAAUAGAUGACUAUAAUAGUAAAAACUUAACCAAUUUAACAUUCGACAUUACAGUUGAUCCUAACGAUUUCAGAUCGUAUAUAAAAUGUAAUGGGA